AUGAGCAUCCCACUUCACUCGCUACCCCCUCAAGAGAGGACCAACUACAUAAUCGAUCAGCUUGAGGGUGAACGCAUUACGCUUCCAGGUAGCAAAGGUGCAUUCCGCAUCCUCGCGUCCUCCAAACAGACGAAUGGUGGCAUUGCCGUCUUCACCAGCGGUGCCGUACUAUCGGAUGCCCCCGGCUUCCACUGGCAUAAGGAGGCGCAUGACGUAUUUCUCGUCACUAAAGGAUACCUCAAACUUUGGAAUGGAGACAAAUGCAGGAUAAUGGGACCUGGCGACUUUGCAUACGUCCCUCCUACUGUCAUCCAUAACCCUGAACUCUUGGGGCCACACACAGAGACGCUGGGUCUUGUGGCUCCCGGCGACUGGGUUGACUUCUUCCGCUAUGUCGGAGAGGAGUACAAGGGUCUCAUCAUCCCCGAGUUUGACAACCGGGACCUGAAAAGCUUGCUGAUUCCUAAGUUGAUGGCAGCCAAGGAUCGGUUUGACGUCAACUUUGAGCGCAACUACCAACCUCCUGAGGUAGCGGACUGGCAAGACAACGAGAACGUGCUAGGCGGCGACUUGGAGCCGUACUUCCUACGCGCUAACAGCGGACCACGCUGGGUGCUGGGCGGCGUGCUGUCACGGCCGUUCAUCAACGCCUCGCAGUGCAGCGGCAAGUUUUCUAUUACGAGUCUGGAGUCUUCAAAGGUUUACGGAGAAUCUGCGUUCUCGUCGCAAUGGGUCAGCUUCCCUGAUGUGGAUCACUGCUUCUGCGUGCAGGAGGGCCUGCUCAAGCUGAAAAUCAAGGGCGAAGGCGAAGUUUGGAGCGAAGUUAGAGAGGGACAGACUGCGGUCAUUGCUGCCGGACAGUCCUUCAAGUUGGACUUCGGCAGCCGGUUUGUGCGGACUAUAACUUUCACGAAUGGCCCCGGUAUCGAGUAUCUUAUUCAUGCCGCGGGCUCGUCACACCCUGGCUUUGUGCUACCGGACGAGGCUUCGUCUUGGGACAAGUCAAAGUUCGAGGCCGCGGCCAAAGAGCUUGGCGUACAGCUAUCAUGA